AUUACAUUAUUUUUUAGUUUAGUCUAUAGAUUUUUACUUUAUUUUACAUUAGACUAUAAGAAAGAAUUGAUUACUAAUGCUUGCGCAGAUGUUACCUUGACAACUAUUUAAAACAGUUAUGGUCGCCGACUAGCCUGCAAUGAGCGUUUGACAGUUUUCUACCGACUUGAUAUAAAGAUGAAUUGCGUACAAUUACAAUGCAAGUUUUAAUACGCUGCGUAUAAAUAUAAAAUGCAAACUGAAGCUUCUAUCUUACCAGUAGUACAACUUAAUGUGCAUAGAACAGUCAAUAGAAAAUUAAAACCUUGUUCAAAAGAUUCAACGCUGGAAUCAAAAAAGUUAUCUCCUUGCAGGAAUACUUUACUUUUAUCAAACAAAAGAUGUUUAAACCCCCUACUUGGUUUGUAUAAAGAAUCAUUAAAAUGUUCGUUAUUUUGUGAUAUUUUAUUAUGUUAUAUAUGUGCAUGUAUAGGUGCACCAUAUAGAGACAGCAUCAAACAGCAAUCGCUGUCGGAUGAACCAAAAUCUAGUAAUAAAAGUAUUCUCGGACAAAGAGUGAUGUCAGCAAAAAUGCUUCGUUUCAAACAGUUACAAAAUCAAUUAGCCGAUGCACAUUAUCAUCUUAAUGAACUAGCAAACGAAAAUAGAUUAUUAAAGGCAUUGCAGAAAAAGCAAGAUUCUGCAUUGAGGCGUUACGAAGGAGCAAAUGCCGAGCUACCAAGACUUAUAAAUUCGCAUCAUGAAGAAUUAAGGGUGCUUCAAACAAAAUAUAAGAAAUUAAAAGAAUUGCAUAAAGAUACAUGCAACUUGUUGAAAGAAAAAGAAAAUGAAUUAUAUUCUGUAAAUUCACAGAAUAAGCAUCUAUUACAACUUAGUAAAGAUCGAAAUCUCGAAGAAAGAGAAAAAUUACAGUUGCAAUUAUCCGACAUGAAUUAUAAAAUGCAACAACAACAAGAAACUAUACAGUUGUUACAUAGAAAACUUGCACUUGAAACUAAGAGCCUGAAACAUCAAUUACAUAUUGAAACUUCUAAACACAAAGAGACACAGAAAAAUUUACAGGAAACAACAGAGAAAUUGAAAAGUUUAGAAUGUUUGUUGGACAAUAGAGAAAAAAGAUUAUAUUGUAAUGGUCAAUUGCUAAUUUAUCAAAGCAAAGAGAAAAAUUUAGGCAGUCAUUCUUUCACAAAUCUCAGAGAUAUCAACAUCUCUAAUCCAAUUAAAGUGUCCAGUAGAAGUAAAAGAAGUGAAAAUAGUACAGCAAAAGAUAAUUUGCCGUUACUUGAUACAUUGGAAACUAAUGAUGAUGAAAAAAUAGCUCAACCAACAAAUAAUGUUAAUCGCAAUCAUUCUAUAAAUCAGUUAAAAUCAGAAACAAUGGCAAGCUUGCAACAGAUACGAAAGUUUCGAUUGCAAAGACCACAUAUGCGUAAAAACUCUCAUUCUAUGGAUGAUUUAAGAUUUCGGUCGAAAGAUUCAGAGACGAUAACGCAUGAUGAUGAAAAAGUCACAUCAGUAGAUUAUAAAACGAUAUUAGAGAGAGAAGAGUCGAAAAACAAUUUUGAACAAAUCGAAAGUGGCAAAUUGAGAAAAUUAUUUAACAGAAUAAAAAAUCAGAAUUUACAAAAGUCGCAAAGAGAACUGAAAGCUGAAUUUGAUUAUUCGUCCGAUGAUGGAGAAAGUGAGAAUGCCAGCGAACAUUGCAUUCAGUUUUACAAUACCCCGCAAAAAUCUAGAGAAUUAUAUGCAAGAUUAAUUAACAGCACAGAUGAUACUUCUGAUACUUUGGAUGAUAUAAUGAAAAAAACAAGUAUCCAUUACAGCGACGAAGAAGAGGAAGAAGAAUUAAACAUCCAUCUAACAAAAGACUUGACAUUUCAAAAGCACAAGUACAAAAGUAAAUCAAAAGUAUUACAGUAUCAUAGGAAUAAUGAUUUUUAUGAUAGCGGUUCCGACGUUGAGUCUGAGGAAAAGAUAAAUACAAAUGGGGAUUCUUCCGUUGAAUACAAAAACAAUAACUUUCAUACUAAUUUAUCUAAGUAUAAAGAGCAGUUUAGUAAAUCCAAUAAUGUCAGUCAUCCACAAUAUGAUAUUUUGGAAAUCACGGAACAAUCUAUUGGCAAGUUAAAAGAUACACAGGUACAAAGGAUAUCUGAUAACACUCUAGAUGAUGUAGAGAUUUCUCAGCAAUCUCUGAACUCAAGCAAAAUAUGGAUGGACAAGCGACAAUUCUCGGAAACCAAUGGAAGAGAUGAGUUCUCCUCUAUAGAUAUUGAAAAUGAUUAUACAGAAGAGGAAGGAACAAAGUAUUUGGAAAAUAGGCCAAUAUACACUGACAUAUCGUCUGGUAAAGUUUAUCACAACACAAACGUGUAUGAAGAAAUAAAAAAUUUGCCGAGUCCGGAAAGGAAAGAAGUUGAAGAGGAUUUACAAGCUUGUAAAAAUAAAUCUACGAUAAACCGUUCUAAGAACGAUCAAUCCGAGCACAAUUUGGAGAAGGAACAUCUCAAGCUUGACGCAGAUGAAAUGCCAAGAAUGAGGCACAGUGAUGAAAAAAUAUCAAAUGAAAAUGAUUUUAAUAUAGAAAUGAAAAAUAAAAUCAAUACCUCAUUAGAAGAUGACGAUAUGUUGUCUAAUAAUGUCCAUAUAUCUUCUCAGGCUAAACAAAAUAAUGACGCAAAAAUCGAAGUGACAGAUGUAAAAGCUAGCGAUAAAAAGAAGAUAAUUAAUUUCAAUAAAGAGAAAUUAUUAGCUACAAUGAAAGCGAUCGAUGAUAAUGAAAAUAUCGAGUUUGUAAGCCAAGGAUUCAAGAAUCACAACAUAAACAGAAUUCAGAUAACGGAAAAUCUACAUCGCGGCUUACCUGCUCAUUCAAAACCGAAACGCGAUAUUAUUAGAGAUAUAUUCGAAGACAAUCGCAUAGAAAGUAAAGUCAGAGGCACUUGCAGUAAAUCUCACUGAAAAUUUAGAGAUGAUCAGAUUAAAAAUCAUAAAUAAAUAGUACAAAACUUCUUUUCUCCUUGCUUUCCUUAAUCCUAUUGAAUUUUAUGUGCAGAUUUAAGGAAGAAAUGUAAUAUUUAGAAAAAGUAUAUAUAUAUAUUACUUUUUUUUAGUAUACUAAAAUCUUUAUUCACUUAACACACAUAGAUAUAUUUCCUCCAAAAUAAAUUACAAAGGAGGAGAGGAGAAAAAGAAUAAUUUUAUUU